GCAACCCACUUCGUCCUCACCCCAUCAUCAGCAUGUUCUUCACGCCCUCUUUUCUCUGACUGCUAGCCAAUUUCAGAUCUUGGGCUGACUUUCUUUGACACGCGCAGAAACCCACCUCUCGAAAAAGUGAAUGACCGAAAGCCCAUGCGCAUUAAAACUUGCAUUAGUAGCCUACAACGUUAGAAUAGUUAAACUUCUACCUGGCCGAAAGCUUAGACUUUGAAGGGGUAGGAAUAGUUACAGUAGACUACGCAUUUUUCGGGGGAGAUCAUGGCGGCGGCCGCGGUGGAGGUGAGUGUGAGCAGCGGGAGUAGUGACACAUCUAGCACGGGCGAAGAUGAGAAGAUGAGGCGGUUGUUCCAGACUUGCGACGGGGACGGCGACGGAUACAUCAACAGGAACGACCUGCUGAUGGUAUGUCGGCAACUGAACAUGGAGGAGUCCGUGGCUGAGAUCAUGGGCCAGCUUGGAGCUGACGAACGAGGGAAGAUCUCCUUUGAGGACUUCAGACGCUGCCGCAUGCAACUGGUCAACGAGAUUCACAAGGAGGAGGGCGAACUGUGCCAGGAUUCUGAAACCAGAUUGAUCAGGGAUCGCAUUGCCUCCAGGCCAACCAGCAGUGAGAACAGCCUGGGAGUACGGGAGAGUUGGGAGUAUGACUCAGGUGCCAGAGACCUCCAGAGUCCAGAUAUCCACAACCAGCAACUCCGGCAUCAGUCAGUGCACCUCAAGAAACGUCUGGAGCAGCCUGGAACUGUUUUGGAACAGCAAGCCGCCCUCCACAAGCUCCUGGCCCAGACCAGUGCAAGUGUUGCCCCACUAGGUGGAAACUACCUGGAGCUGGCCAACACGCUCCACCUGGCAGCCUUGGCCUCACUCAAAGGCGACGUGGGUGAGCUAAACAAGCGUCUGGUGCAGACAGAGCGAGAGAGAGACCUGUUGGAGAAGAGACUGGCCAAAGCACAGUGUGAGCAAUCGCAUCUGAUGCAGGAGCAUGAGGAUCUGCAAGAGAGGACCACCUUACGCUACGAGGAGAGGAUCACUGAGCUCCACAGCAUCAUUGCUGAACUCAACAAGAAGAUAGACCUGUUGCAGGGUACCACCAUAAGGGAGGAGGAUGAGUUUUCAGAGCUGCAUUCAGAACUCAGCCAUAGCCAGCAGGAUGCAAACGAGGACGGACACAGUGUGGAUCAGGACGGGGCAUCUGUGUCAUUGCCUGGAAACCACUCCACUCUCCUCACUGCUGACAUGGACAACUGUAGCGACCUAAACUCGGAGUUGCAGCGGGUGCUGACUGGGCUGGAGAGCGUGCUGUGCGGGCGGAAGAAGAGCACAUGCUGUCUGUCUGUGGCCGAGGUUGACCGCCAAAUCGAGCAGUUGACCACUGCCAGUGAGCACUGUGACCUCGCCAUCAAAACGGUGGAGGAGAUUGAAGGGGCUCUCGGCCGGGACUACCCCAGCCUGUCUGAAGAGAGGUUUCACUGGGAGAAGGAGCUAACAAGCCUCAGGGAAGAGAACGAGAGCCUGACGGCAAUGCUGUGUUCCAAAGAGGAAGACCUCAAUCGCACAAAGGCCACCAUGAAUGCCAUACGUGAGGAACGUGAUCGCUUACGACGACGGGUGCGGGAACUCCAGACACGUCUCCAGACAUCUCAGCCCGGGGGUCCAUCCAGUCCUGGCCGUGUCACCCCAGCCUCACGACCCAUCAAUCCCAGCACAGGGGAGCUCAGCACCAGCAGCAGCAACGACAUACCUGUUGCCAAGGUGGCUGAAAGGGUGAAGCUCUCCAAAACACGUUCAGAGUCAUCUUCAACAGAGAGACCGGUGCUGGGCUCUGAAAUCAGCAGUAUUGGGGUAUCCAGUAAUGUAGCGGAGCACCUGGCCCACUCCCUGCAGGACUGUUCCAACAUCCAGGAGAUCUUCCAGACCCUCUACUCCCACGGCUCAGCCAUAUCUGAGAGCAAGAUCAGAGAGUUUGAGGUGGAGACAGAGAGACUAAACAGCCGCAUUGAGCACCUUAAAUCUCAAAACGACCUACUAACCAUCACACUGGAGGAAUGUAAGGGCAACGCGGAGAGGAUGAGCAUGCUGGUGGGAAAAUACGAGUCCAACGCCACAGCACUGAGACUGGCACUACAGUACAGUGAACAAUGUAUAGAGGCCUAUGAGCUGCUGUUAGCCCUGGCUGAGAGUGAACAGAGCCUGGUGCUUGGUCAGUUCAAAGCUGCCAGUGUUGGUACAGUGGGGGAGCAAUCUAGAGAAGAGAGCAUCUCUCAAAUCCUGAAGAGGGCCCAUGACAGCAGGAAGACAGCGGAAAACACAGCCAAGGACCUGUUGAUCCGCCUGGAUGGAAGCUGUGGAGCAGCCUUCAGUGUAUCUGGCUGCAGCGUACAGCCAUGGGAGAGCCUGUCCUCCAACAGUCACACAAGUACUACCAGUUCCACGGCCAGCUCAUGCGACACAGACUUCUCUAAGGAGGAUGAGCAGCGACUGAAGGAUUACAUCCAGCAGUUAAAGAACGACCGUGCGGCGGUCAAGCUUACCAUGCUGGAGCUUGAGAGCAUUCACAUGGACACCCUCAGUCUGGAGGAGAAACCCAGAGGAGACACUCACAGGCUAGACCUGGAGAAUGCCGUUCUUAUGCAGGAGCUAAUGGCCAUGAAGGAGGAGAUGGCAGACCUGAAGGCACAGCUGUACCUGCUGGAGAAGGAGAAGAAGGCAGUGGAGCUGCGACUGAGCACUCGUGAGGCCCAGGAGCAGGCUUACCUGGUGCACAUAGAGCACCUCAAGGCAGAGGUGGAGGAGCAGCAGGAGCAGAGGCGACACUCACUCAAGUCUGCUGUAAGUGGCAACGGCGGCAGCAGCAGCAAAGACAAGGCAGGAGCUAUGGACUCUGGGGACUCUCCAACCAUCAGUCUGUCUGACCUAAGGACUUUGAAUGACAGUGACCUGGCAGCAGAGCUUACCAAUGCUCUGAGGCGGGAGAAGAAGGUGAAGGGUCGUGUCCAGGAGCUUGUAGCAGCGUUGGAGCGUCUGACUAAGAGCAGUGAGGUUCGCCAUCAGCAGAGCGCUGAGUUUGUCAAUGACCUUAAACGUGCAAACAGUAACCUGGUGGCGGCCUAUGAGAAGGCUAAGAAAAAGCACCAGAACAAGCUGAAGAAGAUGGAGGCUCAAAUGAUGGCCAUGGUAGAACGUCAAGAAACCCAGGUCCGCAUGCUGAAGCAAAGAAUUGCCCUCCUGGAGGAGGAGAACUCCCGACCGCACACUAAUGAGACCUCCUUAUGAGAAACAGCUAAGAGGAGAACAGUCUUAUGUAGCUUUGAGAACCUCCAAUACAAAAACUCACAAUGUUCUCAAAACAAUAUAACAUUGCUACUAGAGUCCGUGCUGGAAGAAGUGGCUGGUAGAGCUUGCUUAGAAUGAAUUUGGCCUCAUCCCAAAAAGACAAAGCCAGGACUAGGAAAUCUGUUGAGAGAACAACCGCAACAACUUAAAGACCAGGGGCCUCAUACAUUUCACGCACACUUUGUGAUGUAUAAAGAUUUACUUGACGUAAGAAUGUGCGGGCCUUCAAAGUUUUGAGAAUGUGCGGACCAUCCGCAAAGUCUCGUCGGGCUCUGUAACAUGGCGAAUUCUAACUGAAAAGUGCCAAAA